AACGGAAAUUGCGAGCGAAGUUAUUAGAAAUUCCAAUAGCAAUAUGUGAAUUCAACGGAGGCGAUGCAGAUAGUAUUUGCUGGACAGUGAAAAACUCACCAAAAUGGGCAUUUUAUUCACUCGAAUGUUCUCUUCUGUGUUCGGCAAUAGAGAAGCUCGAAUCCUUGUGCUUGGCCUCGACAAUGCCGGCAAAACUACCAUUCUCUAUCGGCUUCAAAUGGGCGAGGUAGUCUCCACGAUCCCAACAAUUGGUUUCAAUGUGGAAACUGUGCAGUAUAACAAUAUCAAGUUCCAGGUCUGGGAUUUGGGUGGACAAACAAGCAUCAGGCCAUACUGGCGAUGCUAUUUCCCAAAUACUCAAGCUAUAAUUUAUGUGGUUGAUUCAAGUGAUACUGAUAGAAUUGGAAUUGCCAAAGAAGAAUUUCAUGCAAUCUUGGAGGAAGAUGAAUUGAAAGGCGCAGUUGUCCUCAUUUUUGCAAACAAGCAGGAUCUCCCUGGUGCACUGGAUGAUGCUGCUGUGACUGAGGCCUUGGAGUUGCACAAGAUAAAAAAUCGUCAGUGGGCCAUCUUUAAGACAUGUGCUGUUAAGGGUGAAGGCCUCUUUGAGGGCUUGGAUUGGUUGAGUAAUACUCUCAAGUCAAGAGGUGGCUAAUUUUGUCAGAAGAAAUCUUAACAUAAGCUCUCUCAAUUGACGCAACUCAGGAGUGAUCUUAAUUGUAUUUGCCAUUGAUUUAUCCUCAACAAGCAUUUCUUUCUUUUCUUGCCUUUUCUUCUUGUCCUUUUUAUUUGCAGAGGUUAUGCUAAUAACAGAUGGAAGAGGUGUGAUGGUAAUUCACAAAAUGAUUUUUUGGGGAGAAGGCAAAAUAUAUAUAUAUAUAUAUAUAUAUAGAUAUGUUUCA